AUGCGACGUCGCCAGAGCAUGCAGGUUCUCGAACUCGAAUCCCGUCUUGAGCAAUUGACCGCCGAAAACCGCAUGCUCGCCGAGGCCAAUGCCAAUGCCGGCCACAACACGACGCGCUCUGCCAACCCAGCUGCCCUCGCGGAACGCGACGCCCAGAUCGACCAGCUCAAGCAGUCGCUCGACUUUCUGCAAAAAGAGGUCGCGCGAUUGACCGAAGUCAACGAUGGCCUCAACAGCGCCAACUCGCAAUUGGCGUCUCAGCACAACGAGACGUCACGCGCUCUCGAGACGUCGCGGACCGCCUACGACAACUACGGCGACUCGCUGCACCAGAAAGAUGCCGAGAUUGAGCGCCUGCGCGCCGAGCUCGAGGCCGCUAAGGAGCAGGUCCGCGAGAUGCAGCGUCAGAUCCUCGCCACCAAGGGCGCCACUGGCGGGUGA